AUGGCACCUGCGAUCCGCGAGGUCACCCGGACGCUUAUCGAAGACGGCACCACUUUUGUGAAUGUUGUUACUCGGGAGAAUACCAAGCCGUGGCCAACCUUGAAUUUGGUUACAUACACAGCAGUGAAUCCAUACACGACUGUCAUUCGGGUCAUCGAUACAGGACCAACUGCUGCGCCUGAGAGUCCCCAUUCAAUUGAAAGCAGAGAACUAUCAGACGGAAAGAAGGGCGCAAUAGCGGGGUCUAUUCUCGGAAUUGUGGCCCUUCUGCUGCUCUUAUACUAUUUAUAUGUAUGUCGGUUGCAGUGGGGGAUGUCGAGUACACGAUCGGCCAAACUCCCACUUGGCCCGAAAGAUCCUGAAGCUUCAGAUCCGACACCUUCAGACCCCGCUCCCACUGAUGAUAAACUGGCAAGCAAAAAGAAAUCUGUCACCAUAUCGUCUGAUCUUCCACGAUAUUUUCCUCGAUACUCAGGCUCGAAGGACGCCAAGCCGAUUAUUACACCUCUUGUGAGAAUAACAACGGAAAUGAGCUUGCGGACUGGGCUGCAGACGAGAGAAGGGAGAUUGGGACGGCCAGUUCGCUUCAUGAUUCGAGAACGAGAGAAACCGCCGAGGGUGAAGAAGCGUCGGAGACAUAGGCGAAGCAAACACAAACGGCGCGAAGAUUGA